AUGUUCUUCAGACUGCGAUUAAAGAAGUACAUCUGCAAAGGGAUUUACUUAUUUAUAUCGAUCAUCUGGCGACCGUGCAAAAAGAAGAAUAACUGCAAUCUUCGGAUAAACUACAAAAACCAAAAGGAGUUUGGUGUCAGCGCAACAUGGCGGCCAACGCGAACGCCUAAAACAAACGACGACUACGACUAUACAUAUAUUAUUUGGAAAGAAGACAAGUCCACCUGCGAGCUGCUAUUCGCCCUCUUCGCCGUGUUGGCCGUGGCUUUCGCCAACCCCAACCCCAAACCUGAGCCCCAGGUGCUGGCGGCCUACCCUGCUGCCGCUGCCUACCCGUACGCCUACGCCCCGGUCGCCGCUGCCUACUCUGCUCCUUAUGCUGCGUACCCAUACGGCUACUCAGCGUACUACGUCCGCUGA